AUGUCCACCGCAGACGUGUGGCAUGCGGUCGCAGCAGCCACCAAUGCAUUGCAGUGCUCACCUCAUAUCGCAUGGUUUUCCCAAGGCCCCGGCAAUUGUUUACCGACUCGUGCAGACUGGGCUAGAAGCGACACUCUCACCGAUGGCUUGCUGAAGAGUGCCUUCCUGGAGUUCUACAGCAUUCUGUACGCUUCAGAAGGGGUAUCAGGACUUUCUGCAGCUGCUGGUGCUGCUUCACUGAGUGGCACCAGCAGCAUCGCCAGCAUUGCCGUCAGCGGCAGAAUGAAUGAGGAUUUCUCGGGGGGCUUUUCUUUGGACUCAUCAACUCCCAACUCACUCGCCAAAGGUUCCCCGUCGUACGAGGGGCACCACCACGAACAGCAACGAGAGCCGGAAGCGCAACUGCAGAAUCAACAGCAAGUUUUGGGGCUUCCUUGCAAGGCCUCAACUGAAAAGGAUGAGGAAAAUGGGGGAAGGUUCUCUGGACGGCCUCAUGGCCACCCUUCAAACGCCGCUCCUGCUUCCUCGAGUGACACAUCAGCGGGUGCUAUUCCCCCGUUACAGUUGAAUGCUCCUUCUGGGGGCAUCAGCAUGAGCAUUUUCUUCCGGGCUGAAGCUGAGGGAGAUCUUGAUUUGGAGUCGGUGCUUACAAACUCAAUGGCUCAGGGAAUCCCAGAGAGCGGCCUCGGGGCGGCCUCUUCGAAGCCAGAGAUGGCGGCUGCGGCAGCUGCAACGCGUACGGAGUUGCCGUCGCAUGGUGACUGCGCAGAAAACGCGACGGCAGAAGCGGAGCCACUGGAGUCUGCAGAAGAAAAAGCGCAAAAAGCACUUUGUCCUUUCCCAGAAACUGCAGCACCAGGGGCAGAGAUUAGCUCCUGCUGCGCAGACUUCGCGGAGAAUGGCGUCUCGACACCUGCGGCAACAAGGGAAGCGGCAGCAGCAGCACCAGAGGCAAAAGGGGAUGCAGACUGGAGGGAAGUGGAGAGGCUUGAUGCGAGUUCCGAUUCUUCACUUGUUCUGAAUUCAGUGGCUGCUCCUAUUGGGGGGCCUAGUGAAGCCCUGGGAGACAGCGGGGGGGGGCCUGCAGCCAGGGUUGCUGGGAGUCCUAUGGACCCCACUAGCAACGGCGCGAGCAGCAGUAGCAACGGUGGCAUCAGCAGCAGCAGUAGCAACAGUGGCGUCAGCGGCAGAAACGCAGUGCUUUUGACGGAGGACGACUCCCUAACUGAGGUGAAGGAGGUCAUUGAUUUAAGCGGCGCUGAGGCACAGGACUCAGACGAUGGGGUGCGUUCCGUGCCUGUUGUUGAUUUGGAAGCCGAGGCAAUCUGCUUGGACUCUAACCCUCACACCGGCAGUGGGGUUUUUCCCGGUGAGCUUGCUCAGGGCGAGGCCCCUGCGGAAGCCUCCGCCGCAGGAGCAGCAGCUGAUGCAGCGGUGGUGCUCGAUUCUGAUGAUGACGAUGUUGUGGAGUUGCGCUGUCGUCAGGGCGCACCCUUUUCAGUGUUUCAGCAACACACCUACAUGUUAAGGCCUUCCAUGAUGUUGGCUCCCGCCGGCAUCAGAGGACUGGUUGUACACACCCAGCAGAGACAGCGCCUCCUCGAGGAGGCCCUAGGGGGGCGAGACGACGAAGAUGACGCCAGCAGCAACCCUGCUCUCCCUCGCUGCCCCAUCUGCCUGAAGAGGUACAGGCAGCAGCAGCAGGAGGAAGACGCUGCUUCGCGGCUUGAGAGCAAUGCAGACACGCAAGACUCUCAGCAGGAGCAGCGAGCAGGAGGAGCAGUAGGCGCUAGCCCGCAGACGAACGGCGGUACGGACAGCUGGAAUCGGGACAGAGAUCGCGGGGAUUCUCUCCCCCCCGUGCCCCUGCCGACAGCCCCUCCUCCUCCGCCUCCCCAUCCCGCUGCUUCUGAGCGAGAUCAUGUGGUAGCGCUCAAGUGCGGCCAUGUUUUCUGCAAGGGCUGUAUUCUUGUGGCUCUAAGAACGAGAAGACAGUGUCCCGUUUGUCGCGUUGCCGUCAAGGGAAGCAGACCCUAUCAACGCAUAUUCCUCUAG